AGACGACACUCUGUAACGGGAGGUCUGCCCGUUUAUUUUGCUCCACUUACGUCAGUCAGUCUGACCCGCCACCCCCUGUCGGGUCAUACAGUGGGAACAGCCCAAGAAAUAGCUUUCACACGUGCUUAGAGCGAGCCUUGCGCGAGCUCCACUUCACUGGACGAUUUUAGCGUUCAGAAGUUGUUUGGGAGAGAGAAACGGUGAGAGAGGGAGAGAGAGGAGAGAGAGAGACUUUUGGAUUAUUAUUGUUGUACAAAGCGACGGCGAAAACAUUUGCAUGUCUGCAGUUUAACGCUAAGCGGCGCAAUGCCCAUAAGUUAUUUAAAAACUUUCGUGGAUGUUAUACUGUCACCCUUGUCGACGGUAACGGGAAGAGCGACUAGAAAAGUCGAAUCGGGAUCUACUAAUAUGUUGUCGCUGUCAAAGGCGAUUUUCUGGGCGGCGAUUUGGCUAGAAGUCGUCACGCCAACUUUUUCACAGGGCGUAAGCAAAGACAACAGUUUUUCAGAUGCGGCGAACACAGAAGAGAUCGAUCUUCUUGGAGCUAUAGGAGUUCCCAGUGAGGGAGUCACAUACUCCGUCGGGGUGGAUGGCUACCCUGCGUUCGGUAUAACGCGGCAUACCAAUAUUCGAAAAGCGGCAUCUUUAUUUUUUAGACAACCUCUCUACAGAGACUUUGCCAUUGGAAUAACAUUAAAAGCCACCGCUUACCGAGGAGGGUUCAUAUUUUCUGUGGUGAACCCGUACCAGACGAUUGUGCAAUUUGGAGUCAGUUUAACAGACUUGGAGUACGACAGAAGUCGGCAAAACUUAGCUUUAUAUUAUACACCAAAUGCAAAACAUGUUGAAACAUCACAGAUUAUAGCUAACUUUUCAAUCCCCAGUACGGUGGGUCGAUGGACUAAGGUGGGGAUCCGCGUGGAGGGGGAGGAGAUUACUUUGUACCUAAACUGCAAGGAAUAUGAGAAGGCGUUGUGGCGACGCAGGACAGACCAGUUGGAGUUCGAGCCAGGGUCCACUCUCUACCUGGCACAGUCGGGACCGAACUUUGAACAGAGAUUUGUGGGAGCUAUAGAAGAACUCAAGAUAUUUGGAAACCCUGCAGAAGCUGAAGAUAAUGAAUGCAGCUUGGAAAUCAGUGGAUCAGGGUCUGGCACCGACAUGGUGGAUAUAGAAAUGGCUGUACCUACACGAAUACCACAGAGAGUACUGAAAGGACAGAAGGGGGAGAUAGGACUGACUGGACCGAAAGGGUCCAAAGGAGAAGUUGGUCCGGCAGGUCCACCAGGUGUACCAAGACCCCCACUCAUCACCCCACCCCCUCCAGAUAUCAGCGAAAUAAGAGGCGUGCAAGGUGAGAAAGGUGAACGUGGAAUACCGGGACAGGUUGGGGAGCCGGGAUUCCCAGGACAGAAGGGGCAGAAAGGGGAGCUGGGACUGCCCGGAGCACUAGGACUGCAGGGUCCGAAAGGAGACAAAGGAGACAAAGGAGACACAGGAAAUGAUGGAAAUCCGGGUUUACCAGGCGUUGCCAUUCAGGGGCCACCAGGGCCUCCCGGACCCCCAGGCCUCCCUGGCUCUGUUGAUGUGAUCCCUGAGCUGGAACGGGGGGAGAAGGGGGAGAAAGGGGAUCCAGGGAUUGGACUGACUGGUCUGCCGGGAUCUAGAGGUCCUGAAGGACUGAAGGGUGAACCGGGACAAACCAUCAGGGGGCCUUCUGGCAUCCCCGGAAGUCCAGGUAUUGCUGGACCCCCAGGACCCCCGGGUCCUCCAGGGUUAACAGGAAUCAUUGAUGUUGAUGGAACUGGAUCGGGUGAUGUGGACGACCUGCGACCGGGACAACCGGGGAUUCAAGGACCUCCUGGGUUACCAGGUCCUCAAGGACCACGUGGCUUGCCUGGACCCAUAGGACCUGCUGGACUGGAUGGGAAGCCUGGACGGCCAGGUGAACCAGGUCCAGUAGGACCUAUAGGACCAACAGGAUUGAGCGGUGAACCAGGAAUUCCAGGUAUUGCUGGACCUCCAGGCCCCAUAGGACCCCACGGCUUGCAAGGAGAAUUGGGCCUGCCAGGUAAACCUGGAAAAGAAGGACAUCCAGGAACGAAAGGAGAGCGAGGCGAGUUGGGCUAUACCGGUCCUCGCGGUAUCCAGGGAGUCCCGGGUCCUCCAGGACCCCCCGGGCUAUCAGUGCGAGGUGGGGGAGGAGGCUGGUUCGGUAGCGGUGACGAUGAGUCUGGUGAUGGUGUAGUGAAGACGGUUCCCGGACCCCGGGGUUUCCCCGGUCCAGAAGGUCCAGCUGGUGUUCCGGGACGACCUGGAGAACCCGGACCUGCUGGGGAACCAGGCGUUCCGGGAAUUCCUGGUGAAAGAGGAGAAAGGGGAUUUGUUGGUGAGGCGGGACCUGUGGGUCCCCGGGGUGAAGCUGGACUUCCUGGUAUCCCCGGGGCAAGGGGCCCUGCUGGGGUGAAAGGAUCAUUUGGAGAGAAAGGCGAAAAGGGAGAUUCUGGAUCAGGGGCGGGGCUACGAGGCGAGCCUGGACCAUUUGGACCCAAGGGAGAUGUUGGUCCAGUUGGACCCGCGGGGCCUCCAGGCCCCCCUGGCCCUCCCACUGUGAUUGGCUCAGGCGCAUCAGGUGACCUGGAAAUUGGUGGAGAAAAGGGCAUGAAGGGAGAGAUGGGUUUACCUGGACCAAAAGGUGAUCCUGGACUUAAUGGACUUAACGGAUUUCCUGGCGAUCCGGGCCCAGUGGGGCCUGCUGGGAUACCAGGUGCUCCCGGCGAGCCUGGCAUUCCGGGACUUCCUGGAGAGAAGGGAACGUCCGGUGAACGUGGCCUGAUUGGACCCCCUGGACCCCCAGGCUAUACAGAAGGACCAGAUGGAAGCUUCCGGACAGUAAAGGGUGAAAAGGGUGACCCAGGACCAGUGGGACCGAAGGGUGACCGGGGACCACGGGGACUGACUGGUUUGCGAGGAUUUCCAGGUGCACCUGGAGAAAUGGGCAUGCCAGGUUUCAUUGGCCGACCUGGAAUCCGAGGACGUAAGGGCGAGCGUGGUUUUGGUCAGAAGGGCAAUAAAGGUGAUUCUGGACCCCCGGGCAAACCCGGGUUCGGUCUACCGCAAGGCAGUGGAGUGUUCAUCCCAGGACCGAAGGGAGAUAAGGGUGGAUAUGGAAACAAGGGUGACCGUGGGUUACCGGGAUCAUGUCAAUCGGGCCCCUGUGUUGGAGAUGAAGGUGGACUGGUUAUAGCAGAGAAAGGCAUGAAGGGUGAUCGUGGGUUUCCGGGUCGUGACGGACAGGACGGACGACCAGGCCAACCGGGCCCAGAAGGACCCCUUGGAAAGACUGGCCCCAUGGGUCCAGCAGGACCUCCAGGAAUCCCUGGUGGGAUUCUGAGUGGGGAAUCCGGGAUCCUCCGCACCAUUCCAGGCCCUCCUGGUCCCCCUGGACUGCAGGGAGAGAGGGGACUCCGCGGUCCUCCAGGGGUCAGCAUUGAAGGACCAUCCGGUCGCCAGGGACGACCGGGGCCAAUUGGACCCCCAGGACCUCCAGGACAUGGAUUGCGGGGCCCACGGGGCCCCCCUGGCCUCCCAGGGGAUGCCUCGUUCUCUGGGCGUGGGCCACCAGGACCCCCCGGCCCACCAGGCCUGCCCAGCUCCACAUCGGGCAUCACACUCGGGAGUUCAUCGGGGGCAGCCAUCACGUACCGCAGCAUGGACGAGCUGUUGGCCGUUUCCUACAGUCUGCCGGUCGGGACGCUCGCCUACAUCGUGGACCAGGAGUUUGUUUAUCUGCGAGUCAAUGAAGGGUGGAGGUUCAUCAUGCUUGGUCAGCUUAUUCCACUGCCCAGCCCGACACCACCCGGCCAAUAUCACCGUAGACGAUAUCCGUACCGAUAUCGGACCGAGUCACCAAGAAAUUAUCGAACUCGUCCCCUGCAUGCAUAUCCAACUCGUCCCUCAAGCUAUUAUCGAACAAGAAAUCCACGAAAUUCCAGGAACCACCGAACUUACGCCCCCAGGGUGUAUGCGACGCCACGCCCAAGAAACCAUCACCCGAGGACAACUACCACUGGUCCAGUUAUUCCAUUGCCGCCACCAAACUACACCUCUGGAGCAAAACUUCACCUGAUUGCUCUGAACCACCCGAUGUACGGUGACAUGCACGGAAUUCGCGGGGCCGACUACGAGUGUCACCGCCAGGCUCGCCAAGCCGGCUACAGGGGAACCUACAGAGCAUUCCUUUCUUCGAAAACUCAGAAUCUGGAUUCCAUUAUAUACUACCCGGAGGACCGAAGGAUACCUGUCGUUAAUGCAAAGGGCGAGAUUCUGUUCAACAACUGGGAGGAUCUAGUGAGCGGAACGGGGGGUUACCUGAACAACCGCUCAACCCUCUACGCAUUCAAUGGCAAAGACGUUAUGGCAGACUCGGCUUGGCCACAAAAAUUGGUAUGGCAUGGCUCAGACAAGAAGGGGAAACUGACCCAAGACAAGUACUGCCACAAGUGGUUGUCGCGGAAACGCAACAAGAUGGGACUGGCGAGUUCGCUAAUGAAACACAUGUUGUUGGACACGAAGGAGUAUUCGUGCAGUAACGCGUUUGUGGUGUUCUGUGUGGAAAACACGAGUCGUAAGAAUCUACGCUAGCUAGCUGACCUGAAUACUGUGCUGCGGGACCUGUGAAUGAAACGUGAAUGUCUGUUACGUGUUGUCGCAUUCUUCUACGAACUCAGUAUGGUGCUCACCCAGUGUUUUGUCACCACCGUCUGGUGGCAAGGUCUUUUUUGUGUUUUUAAAGUCUGGGGACUGGAUGUACAAUGUAGAUUCUACCAAGUCAUUUGAGUGGAUGUUACAUCUCAGCAGUCGUGUGAUUCUAGCUGUGGUUACCAAGUCACUUGACUGACUGUAGUUUCUACCAAGUCACUUGACUGGCUGUAGCUUCUACCAAGUCACUUGACUGACUGUAGUUUCUACCAAGUCAUUUGACUGGCUGUAGCUUCUACCAAGUCAUUUGACUGGCUGUAGCUUCUACCAAGUCACUUGACUGGCUGUAGUUUCUACCAAGUCACUUGACUAACUGACUAGCUUCUACCAAGUCACUUGACUAACUGACUAGCUUCUACCAAGUCACUUGACUGACUAGCUUCUACCAAGUCAUUUGACUGGCUGUAGCUUCUACCAAGUCAUUUUACUGGCUGUAACUUCUACCAAGUCAUUUGACUGGCUGUAGCUUCAACCAAGUCAUUUGAGUGGAUGUUAUAUCUCAGCAGUCAUGUGACGGUAGCUGUGGUUUCUACAAAGUCGUGUGACUAGGUAUAGUUUCUACAGAGUCAUAUGACUAGUUAUAGUUUCUACAAAGUCAUUUGACUAGAUGCAGUGUCUACAAAGUCAUGUGACUUGAUGUAAUUUCUCAGCAGUCAUGUGACUAGUUGUAGUUUCUACACAGUCACUUAACUAGUUUCUACCUUGCCAUGUGGCUUGGCUAUGGUUUCUACCAAGUCAUGUGGCUGGUUGUAGUUUUAACAAUAUCACCUGACUGAUUGUGCUUUCUACCAAGUCGGGUGACUGGCUGUAGUUUCUACUGAGUCAAGUGACUGGCUGUAGUUUCUACCAAGUCAAGUGACUGGCUGUAGUUUCUACCAAGUCAAGUGACUGGCUGUAGUUUCUACCAAGUCAAGUGACUGGCUGUAAUUUUGACAGACUGGCUGUAGUUUCUACCGAGUCAAGUGACUGGCUGUAGUUUCUACCGAGUCAAGUGACUGGCUGUAGGUUCUACCAAGUCAUGACUGGCUGUAGUUUCUACUGAGUCAAAUGACUGGCUGUAGUUUCUACCGAGUCAAGUGACUGGCUGUAGUUUUUACUGAGUCAAUUGACUGGCUGUAGUUUCUACCAAGUUGUAUGACUGGCUGUAGUUUCUAUAAAGUCAUGUGAAAGGCUGUAGUUUCUUUGCAGUCACUUGUUAUCUGAUUUUGUAGAGAUCUAUGCUGCAACAGGGAUUGAAAUUUACAAAAUUCUUCUGGUCUGUGACCUGUAGUGUAAAGUAGUAAACUAGGUGUGUGACUUUAGGUUUAGUUUCAGAAACAAACAAGCUUUAGUUUUUAACUGUGAUAUUUUAACUGGCUUUAUAGCUUUGUGGAUUAGAACAAAAUUUUCUUCUGAGGGGUGGAAGAUGCAUGUGCUUCUACCAAAGGGGAACAACCCAUGUAUAAUUUAGGGAUGGGUGGACAACUCGAUGGAAACAGUUAUUUCUGUAGAAAACUAUUUAUUGUUACUGUAGUCAUGGAAUUUAAUUAUCAUUGUUUAUUAUGGAAGAAUAAUAAAGAGUAUAUACAUAUAGUUAGUCUGUUUAGAUGUAUGACAUAUUCGGAUAAAAAAGCACUGUUAUCUGUCUUAUAAUUGUACAGAUAUUGUGUUUAACUUCAAACUGGACAAGUCUGUAUACACAUAGUUAGUCUGUUUAGAUGUAUGACAUAUUCAGAUAAACAAGCACUGUUAUCUGUCUUAUAAUUGUACAGAUAUUGUGUUUAACUUCAAACUGGACAAGUCUGUAUACACAUAGUUAGUCUGUUUAGAUGUAUGACAUAUUCAGAUAAAAAAGCACUGUUAUCUGUCUCAUAAUCUGUAGAGAUAUUGUGUUUAACUUCAAACUGGACAAGUCUGUAUACAUAUAGUCUGUAUACACAUAGAUAGUCUGUUUAAAUGUAUGACUUGUUCAGAUAAAACACUCAUUCCAACCAGUGCACCACAACUGGACAAAGGCCGUGGUAUGUGCUUUCCUGUCUGUGGGAAAGUGCAUAUAAAAGAUUUCUUGCUGGAUUAGGAAAAAAUGUAGAGGGUUUCAUCAGAUGACUACAUGUCGGAAUUACCAAAUGUUUGACAUCCAACAGCCGAUGAUUAACUAAUUAAUUAAUGUGCUCCAGUGGUGUCAUUAAAGAAAACGAACAAACUAUUCGGAUAAAACAAGUACUGUUAUGAGUCAUAUAAUCUGCAUGUGUCAUACAAUCUGGAUAGAUUAUGUGUAACAAGUCAGAAUACAUAUAGUUAAUAUGUUUAGAUGUAGCAAAUAUUCAGAUCACAUAAGGCUGUAUAGAUCUGACUUAUUCAAAUUAGAUAAGUUUUUAUAGACCAAAUUUGUAUGGAUAUUCAUACUGGAUAAGUUUUUCUCCCAUCCCUAGCCAUGCAACACAGGCGUAUUCCAUGAUGUCAGCCCAUGCGGAAUAAAUCGGUCUUGCAUGACCACAUGACUUAUACUGUUUGAGCUGAUAUUAAUAUUGGGUGACAUCACGUAAACGGCAAAAUAACGCAAGAAAUGCUUUUUAUAUUUCAUAAAAACAAGGAAACCUGCAGUCAUAAUGAAGUUAUACUGUCAUUUUUGGUUUAUAUUUUCAGUAUAAACCAUUUUUGGGUACGAUCUUUUCAAUGGUUAUGAUUAUUUUAUUGUAAGAUAAAAAAUAAAAAAUGUAGGUUUUUCACGUUUUCCCAAAAUGCUUGUUUUUCAUCUACUGGAUGGG